CUGACGGGACUUUAAAGUCCAUCGAAGUAUAAAAUCUGUAUAAAUUUAAAGAAUAUUAAUAAACUGGUCAUACUGACUGAUGGGACUUCUAUGUCCCAUACACUAUCAGAAAAAAAUAAUAUAGUUGUGAUUUUAGUCUGUUAUCAUUAUCAAAAUUAUCAUUUCGUUUUUCGAUUUUUCGAUUCCACAUGUCAAGCUGUGUUCCUGUGUUUUUCAUUUUUUUGAAAGGAUUGUAAUAUAGGUAAGUGUGCAUAUUAUUCAUUUUUUUAGGUCUAUUAUACGUAUAGAAUGUAUUUUAUCACUCAUAAAUAGUAUUAUAAUAUUACAUAAUGUUUUAUAUCAUGUAAUCUAAACUCGACUUAUAAGUCCCAUCAGGCAAUAACAGUUUUGUUCCCAUAGUGAUAAAUCAUAAAAUAAUUCAAAAUACUACAAUUUGGAAUAUUAUUUGUCACAGAAAAUGAAUUCAAUACAGAUUGAAGAAAUUGAGAGAUACUUGGAGGAAAUUCCUGACGAUGGUGAUAUUGUUUCAGAGUUUGAAGAUUCUGAUUUAGAUGAAUCUGAUAUUAUUCAUCCUCUGGAUCCACUGGAUAAAGUAGAAAAUGUUGAAGAAUUUGAUAUACAAAACUUAGAUGUUGUAUUUGAUAACAACCUACCCACUGCUGAUGGUAACUCCAAUAAAGAUAUUGAAUUGUCGUCAGAUGAAGAAUAUGUUCCUAAGAAAACUCAAAAUAAGGGUAAAAAAAAAGGAACUAAAAAAAGUAAAAAGAUAGUGACCAAGCCUAAAUCGAAGAAUACAGUUAGAACUUUAGAUGACGUUGAGGCUGAGGAGGAAGAUCAGACCGACAAUUUACGACCUAGAAUUUGGCUAAGAAAGACAGAUAUUGAUACUGUUAGACCAGAAUAUUGUAGACCUGAAGGAGUAAAUUUGUUUGAAUUUAGUAGAUGCAACACCCCUACAGAUGUAUUUAUGGUAUUUGUUGAAACAAUUUUGAAUGAUUUGGUUUAUCAGACAAACUUAUAUGGCACACAAAAAAAUAAAACACUUAGAAUACAGAGAGAAGAUAUGCUGGUAUUCUUAGGUAUUAACUUUUUGAUGGGAUAUAACCGUUUACCGUCAUAUAAAGACUAUUGGAGUACAUCAGAUGAUCUUGGAGUUAAACUUGUGUCAAAUGCUAUGUCUAGAGAUAUGUUUGAAAAAAUUCUCAUUCAUCUACACUGUAAUGACAAUACACUAUUGCCUAUAAACAACAAAGAUAAGUUAUUCAAAUUAAGACCAAUAAUAGAUAAGCUUAAUGAAUCUUUCAAACGUAACUAUUUUGGUACUAGACAAGUUAGUGUUGAUGAAAGUAUGGUGAAAUUUAAGGGUAGGUCAACAUUGAAGCAGUAUAAUCCGAUGAAACCAGUAAAGAGAGGUUACAAAAUUUGGAGCCUAGCAGAUCAAAAAGGAUACAUGUUAGCUUUCAAAAUUUAUCAAGGUAAAGAAGAAAUUGUAAAUCACGAGUUUGACAAAUAUGGACUGGGUGAACGAGUGGUUUUGGAACUUACCAAAUCAAUUUGGAACGAACAACGAGAAAUAUACUUUGAUAAUUAUUUUUCUUCACUACCUUUAGUGCAGAAACUAAAACUAGAGAACACUCUAGCUUGCGGAACAAUAAGGACAAACAGAAAAGGGUUACCUACAGAGAUGUGUACAGACAAAAAAAUGAAAAGAGGCGAACACGAUAAAAAGUUUUUACCAGAUGGGAUUUCAUUUUUUAAGUGGAUGGAUAAUAAGGCCGUCAACUUUAUAUCUAAUUUUCAUGGUUCUGAAGUUACAUCUGUAAACAGAAAAGAAAAGGAUGGUACUUCAGUUUCAGUAACAUGUCCAACUGUGGUCUCAGAUUAUAAUUCAUAUAUGGGUGGAGUAGACCAUGCUGACAGAUUACGUGCAUUGUAUGAUAUAGAUAGGAAAUCUCGCAAGUGGUGGCACAGAUUGUUUUUUGGUUUGAUCGAUAUUAUGUUUGUAAAUUCUUAUGUAGUUUAUUGUACCUUAUUUGAGAAAAUUCCAGUGUUGGAAUACAGAAGAGCUGUUGUACGAGGUUUGCUAACCAAACAAUUACCACAGAAAAAAAAAUCACCAGCUCAAAUCCAAAAAAAUUUAAAAAGAAGAAAAUCAGCUUAUUCUAUGCCAAGAGACGUCCGCACUGGAAAUCUAGGUAUCCAUCAUCCAACAUUCGUAACACAACGGGGAAGAUGUGAAGUAUGCAGCAAUAAAGGUAUUGAGUCAAGACCACAUUCAAAAUGCUCGUAUUGCAAGGUCCAUCUAUGUGUCAAUGAAAAAAAAAACUGCUUUUCUGAGUAUCAUGAAUUAUAAAAAAACAUCUUAAGUAUAUAAAAAAAGUAAUAUUUUCUCUAAAUUGUAAUCGUUUGUAUUUUUUAAAAAUUAAAAUAAAAAAAUCCUUAGGAAAACGUGUUUUUUUUGUAUUGUUUAUAUGUAUAAGAAAAGUGACCUAAAUGCCUGACGGGACUUAUAAGUCCAGACCGUAAAGGACUGACGGGACUUUUGAGUCCCAGGAUAAAAUAAGGAUCAAGGAUCAAAAAUAAUGGAUUUUUUUGUUCAUACCCUAUCUUAGAUAUAGGAAAAAAAUCGAAAUUCACAAAAAAAUUUUUAUAUUUUUAAUGUUUUUAAGCUAUCGUCCAGAAAGGGUU